UGCAGGUUGCAACGCACGACGACCCGCACCGACUGUCUUCACUUUUUAUUUUAUUUUAUUUUAAUUUUAUUUGUUUUGGGCGGGGAGGGAGAACUGACAUUUUUUUUUUUUUUUUGCGACGAAAUGAUGCCGUACGUCCUCGGCUUGGCUUUCCUCUUCGGUCGUCUCGUCUGCCAGUCCUCUUUUUUUUUUUGACUUCAGUUGAUCCUGAAGCCCCUUCCCAUCACUUUCUGGCGUAACUUUAUGCUUCUAUUAAAAAUUAAUACAAAUACACACGAGAGGAAUGCUGCCCAGAAAGACAAUUGACUCUCAAAGAGUCACCUGGUUAGUUCCAGGACUUAGCCAUGUCCAUUUGGCACAGGUCAUGUCAUUUUCCAAGCUGCUUAUCCUCACAAUGGUUGCCUAUCCCAGCUGGCUUCGGGCGAUAGGCGGACUACACCCCGAACCGGUCGCCAGUCAGUCACAAGGCAGAUAUCGACACCUUUACUGAGCGGGAAUCGAUCCCGUGCUACCUGCACCAAAGGCAGGCUUGUGUACCACUACACCAUCAGUGAGUUUCCCAGGUGUUUUCAGUUUUGCUAUUAAUAUUUCCUUGAAUAUCUCCAGAAUCAAAAUUCGCCAGUAUUUGAAGUUUUCUGUGUUCCGAAUUGUUGAUUUUGAAAAAUGUUUCGGUAAUUUUGUGUCAGACUUGUCCGUGAAUCUGCUGCAGCCGUUUUACCGGUAAUUUGUUAGCGCGCUAGCACGACGGAAGGAAGCGUUGUAGUAUUAGUGACUUGAAAGUGUUCGCGCGGGGGGGGCGCAGCGGGCGGAAGUGCUUCCUCCGCUGUUAUUUACGACUACAGGACACUUCCUGCGCCCUUAUAAGGUGCCGCGGACGUGUGCGUGUGUCAUGUUUUCCACAUCUUGGCUUCCUCUCGGGGUCCGGUGGCGAGGCGGACGUCCAUCGGGCGGUGAGCGAGUCGGCUUCGUUGGACUCUGCGGACCGGACGCCAGACAACGGGCAGAUUGCCAAAAUAGCCAAAGUCACAAGUCGGGAACGCAAUUGGUGGGGAAAAGGUGAAUAUGCCGAGUAGCUCAUCAGUUUGAUUUUUUUUUUUCCUUUUUUUCCACCUGUGCAAUCAGGAACAGAAAGUUUCAAAUUGCAGCUUCACCAAGUUCAUAUGCGCCAAUUUUGUACUAUGGGCCAUUUGAGUCAAAUUUUGAGAAUAGCGUGAUUAAUGUUUCAUCUUUCGAAUGAUCUGAAGAGUUUUAUUAAUUUAUUGAAUUUUAUUUUAGAAAUGUGGAAAAAUCUCUCCAAUUUGGAAAUGGUGUUUAGAAAUUUUUGCAGUAAUAUGAUCAUUGCCUUUCAAUCAAAAAUGAAUAAAUAAAAUAUAUAAUAAUACUAAUAAAAAUAGUAUAAUAAACUAAAAAAAGUUAAUAAAUAUAAUUACAUUUAAUAUAUAAUAUGAUAAAAGUUUCCAAGUUGUUGGGAAGGAGACAAACGAUCAGAAUCUGGGAAAUGAUAAUAAACGAUAAUAAAAAGUAAAUAAAUAUAAUUUAUAUAUUAAAUAUAAUAUAAUAAAAGUUUCCAAGAUGUUGUGAAGGAGACGAACGAUCAGAAUCUGGGAAAUGAUAAUAAACGAUAAUAAAAAGUAAGUAAAUGUAAUUUAUAUAUUAAAUGUAAUAUAUAAUAUAAUUAAAGUUUCCAAGGUGUUGCGAAGGACACGAAUGAUCAGAAUCUGGGAAAUGAUAAUAAACAAUAAUAAAAAGUAAAUCAAUAUAAUUUAUACAUGAAAUGUAAUAUAUAAUAUUAUAAAAGUUUCCAAGAUGUUGUGAAGGAGGCGAACGAUCAGAAUCUGGGAAAUGAUAAUAAACGAUAAUAAAAAGUUAGUAAAUGUAGUUUAUAUCUGAAAUGUAAUAUAUAAUAUAAUAAAAAUUUCCAUGUUGUAAAGGAGACGAAUGAUCAAAAUCUGGGAAAUGAUAAUAAAAAGUAAAUAAAUGUAAUUUAUACAUUAAAUGUAAUAUAUAAUAACAUUUUCCAAGAUGUUGUGAAGGAGACAAAUGAUCAGAAUCUGGGACGGUUUUGCUUUCCUUCUUUAUUAUUAUUAUUAUUAUUUUGUUGUCUGUGUUUCCCCCCCCCCCUCCAAUUUUGUGGAUUAGCGGCCGCGGGGGGGGGCAUGUGCGUGUCCAGGUGCUCGCGCUGCGUGGGCGCGUCUCUGCUGGCCCUGGCGGUCGUGUGCGCCGUCGCCAACGCGCUGCUGUUGCUGCCGGAACUGAAGGUGCGAUUCCUGCUGGAGGGUCACGUGACCCGCGAGGCCACCUGGGCCACGGGACUGUGGAGCUCCGGAUUCCUGGUUGUACUCGGCGCUCGUGAGUUUUUGCGGAGCGACGGCGCGCCGGGAUGCUGCGCCUUCAGGACUCGGAUGUUGCGUCAGGUGUUGUACUCGUGCGCGUGCCUGAUGUGUUCGGCCCUGUGCUGCUUGGUGAGCGUGACGGGCCUGGUCCAAGGUCCUCUUUGCCUUUACAACGUCACGGGGGGCGCGGCCUGGGGCGUCCCGCUCAAGCCCACCCCCUACAGGGACACCGGGUACCUUUACAACCGGAGCGCAUGGUCGGGCGUUUGUUUGAAACCCGAGGGUGUGGUCCAGUGGAACGUAGUCCUCUUCAGCAUACUAGCGGCCGCCAGCGGACUGCAGGCGCUCCUCUGCGCCGCCAGCGUGGUCAACGCCCUGCUGGGGGUCGUGCUGGGCCGCGGCAAGGUGGGCCCCGUUCCGGUGUGACGCCACAAUGACGUCAUCGACGCAAGGUCAUUUUUUUUUUUUUUUUAAUUUUGGCUAAUUGAUUCACUUUGCAACCAAUGAAGCUGAAUUAAGAGCAUGAAACUUGAAGAAAAAUAAGCUUGUUUAUAUCAAACUUCAUCGUUUAAGGUCCCGUGCCGUCAAUAUUUUAUGCAUAAACAAAGAUGGAAAUGAAUCCGUAUUCACGCGGUUUAGCUUUGCCACGUAGCUUGAAACGCUCGGCCGCCGCAGCCUCGUGGACGCUAGCAGACGUAACGGUUUCCAUAUUUCAAUUGGGGAAGGUGAGCGAGCCAAUCAGUGCAAAGCUCAUUUGCAAUAUCGCAUAUUAAUGACGAAAUCCAGCAGGAAGUUGGACAAGACUAACCGGAAGAACUUGGGGGGGGGGGGAAAGACAUUCUGGGCAUUUCCAACAAAGAUCAUUUUGCAAACCCGACAAAAGGAAAUUUGAAAAAAUGGAUGGCAUGGGACUGGAAUAGAUUUCAGCAAUAUGGAUGAAGUCCUGAUAUUUUGUCUUUUUUGCAUAGGAUUAUUUAUUUAUUUUUUGUAAUUGUUGAUCUAACCUCUUUAUUUCUGUUAAUCAUUUCAAUUUUAGCAUUGGCAUUAUUAAAAGUACUUGUUUAAUUGAUCAUUGUUGAUUCAACGUUUUUAUUUAGUCUCUGCUCGAUUUUUAAUUCAAUAGAAUUUAGUUUGGACGCGAUCAAUAAGUUAUUUUAAUUAAAUGCAAGACACUUUUGUAUGGCGUCCUCCGUUGUACUGAAGUGCUACGCAGUACACAAGUACACCUGCAGGCGGUGCUCUUUCCAGCUGUAAGACCUCAUGAAGGUAAAAGUUCUUUUCCUUUCCGCUUAUUAUUUUGUAAGGUAUCAUUUAAUUAUUCUACCGAUGAACGGAUUCAUUGCAUCCGAUGUCCAGAACUUCCGUUUCCAUGCCGACGUUAUCGGCAACGGUCAAAAACGCUUCGCGACCGCGCCGCAGUGUACAAAAUAAAAUACA